AAAAUUAUGAUAUAAUGAAAUAUGGACGAGAGAAAUAUGCUAUAUAUAAAAAGAAGUUUGAUACUGCAUUAGAGUUGUAUGAACGAGAAAUUAAUAAUGAUAAUUUUGUGAAUAACUUCGAUAAGUUAAUAACACCAAUUUUAAAAGAAUUUGAUGACUGUGAAUCGGUAUUACAAUCCCAUAAGCAACAAGCUACUUGA